AGGAGAGGAAUAAUACUUUUCCUGACACCCUGCAAUAGCCUUGAGGCUGCCAACGUGGUGAUAAGCAGUUGUUUGCCCGUGCUCUGGAGCAAACCUGGUUUAUCUCUUCCUCGUUCCAGCCCUGCAGGAAAAACCCAGCGAUUUUGCUGCCGUGGGACCCUCCCCAGAUGUCCUGUGGUAGCCUGUGUCCCCCUGGGAGGUCCUGCCUGCCUUAGCCAGCAUCCUGCCAGCCAUGGCCUCCACGCCCCAGUGAGGGCCAAAGGCACGAGGAGCGAGUGUCCCCAACACCGCCACACCCCCGGGAGAGCCAUGGAGGCCCCUGUGGAUGUGCCCGUGGGGAACCUCAUUGACUUUGACAGCGAAACGCCCUCCCGUGACCCCCCUGAGCCCGCUCCUCCCGCCGCUCCCGGUGACAGCGGCCACCUGGGGGACGCAGGGGACGCGGAGGAGAGCGAUGCCACCGAGUCUGCCGACAGCGAGAAUGACAUGGGGGACUCUCCCCGGCACUGGCGUGGCUACCGCCGCUCCUCCUCCAACGAGUCCUUCUCCUCCAGCCAGAGCACGGAGUCGGCACAGGACGAGGCCAUGGCCGAGCGCCGGGAAUUCAUGCGGGGUUACGUGGAGAAGAUCUUCACGGGGGGAGAGGAUUUGGACCAAGAGGAGAAGGCCAGGUUUGGGGAGCUCUGCAGCAGCGAGAACGGGAAGGGCAGGGAGUGGUUUGCCAGAUAUGUGAGCGCCCAGCGCUGCAACUCCAAGUGCGUCUCGGAGCAGACCUUCUACCGCCUGAUGCAGUCCUUCGCCCUCGUGCUCUUUGAGUGUCACCAGAUGGACGAUUUCAGCCCUGCCAAGAACCUCAUGACCAUGUGUUUCACCUAUUACUACAUAGGGAAACCUCACGCCCUGCCCUUGGAAGCCAAGGAGAAACCCACGGGCAGCAUCGACUCUUACCUGAAGUCAGCGAACACCUGGCUGGCCGAGAAGAAGGACAUCGCAGAGAGGCUGCUGAAAAACACCUCGGCCAAGACAGAGAAUGUCAAGGGCUUCUUUGGGGGCCUGGAGACCAAACUGAAGGGUCCUGCCAGCAAAAAGAGCGAUGAAGGUGAAGACAAACCGAAGGAGAAGCUGAAGAAGACGGUGUCCCUGCAGAGCCCAGAGGAGGAGAAGAAGGGGGAGAAGAUCUACCUGUACAUGCACCUCAAGCAGCAGCCGAUCUGGCACAACCUCCGGUUCUGGAACGCCGCCUUCUUCGACGCCGUGCACUGCGAGCGCAGGAAGAGGUCCCCCACCACCAGAGGGAACACUGGGGAGGAAGAGGAGAAGAGGGAGAAGUGGUGCCACAUGACGCAGGAGGAGCGCGACGACAGCCUGCGCUUCAACGAGAACAUCACCUUCGGGCAGCUGGGCACCUUCAUCCACAACAUGCUGGCGUUUGGCCUCAGCAAGAAGCUCUGCAGUGACUUCCUGAAGAAGCAGGCGACCAUCGGCAACUUGGACGAAGAGCAAUACAAGCUGCUCAGUGACCACAUCGAGCAGAUGGCCACGGAGUAGCCGCCUGGCCAGCACGCGGUGGCAGAGACGGCGGCCGGACAGGUGGGGAGGGGAGAGGAUCCCACCUCCGGGGCUACCUGAGACUGAAGCUGGGCUACCUACAAACCAAACCACACACACGAGCUGCAAUAAAACCUGCAUGAUCGUCCACCAAACUCUAGAGCUGCCCCAGAGCAGCCUGUAGACAUAGGAGCCAAACAGCCCCCACCCUUGCCACACCCUCCCGCCUCGAUUUUUGGAGUAGCCAGUCAAAGAAGUGAAUUUUGUUGGUUAAAAAGCAAAACAAAACACAAGGGAAAACCAGGAGGAGCGUGGCUUUUCAGCCUCCAGGUGCUGUGGCCCCCCAUGAAACGCUGGUGAGGUCUCUGGUGGUAAAUCCAGAGGUAUCCAAGGCUGCCUUUCCCCGCUGGCAUCCCCUCGCUGAUGCUGGAGCUGCACCAGGGGUGCAGGAGGGGAUGGCAGGGACCACAGCCAGGAGCUGGGGCUGCACCCAGCCACCACUCAGGUUCUGUGGUGUCUCCAGGUGUCACCACUGGCUGGGGACACGGGCAGGGUGGGGCUGGCAAAGCCCUCGCUGGCCUCCCUUCCCUUGGGAAAGCUUUGCUGUGCUGCCUGUGUGGGUUUGUACCUCUGGGCAAAGAGACAACAGUUUGCUCCAUAGCUUCAGCCGGGAUCAGUAGGAAAAAAGCCAUGGCCUUGGGCGGGAGUGGAGGCAGAGGAGCUCUGCUUGGCUUGGGAGGAGAUGACAAAGAGCCUCAUCCCUCUCCCUGCUGCCCUGUCCGUGUCAGGAUGCUGCUGGAUUGUGACAUUUCCCAAAGCCUCCUGGCGUCCUGUGGCAGCAGAUUAAUUGUCCUCCUUCCCCAGGCUGCUCCUCUCUGCCCUCUCCUUUGCCAGCUCUUCGCUCCAGCUGCUCAUCCAUCAAACCUGAAAUAGCCCUGGCUGAAGGACAUCUCCUGUUCUGCUCCAGGGGUGGCAGCUCCCACCAUGCAGCAGAUCUGUUUUAUCCCUUGGACCUUGGCACGGUGCUUGCAGAGAGGCUGGGGACGUGGGGAUAUCACUGGGGACACGGGGACAUCGCUGGGGAUGUGGGAACAUCACUGGGGACACGGGGACAUCGCUGCUCCCCUCUACAAGGAGCAGCCCACAGGGGCAGAAACCCCCAGCCCUGCACAGCCAAGGGCCCAACAGUCUCACCCCAAAAGCAUCAUCCUGAAACUCAAGUCCAGGUUUCAAUCAAUCCAUUUUCCCUGUGCUGCCAGCUGUGUCCUAUAGGAAAUAGCAUAAAAGGAUAUUUUUUCCUUGUAGCUCUUGGCUUCUGCUGUCAUUUCCAAGCAUCAAAACGAUGCUUUUACCUAAGCUGGGCUUCCCUUGCUGCUGGGGAUGGGAUCCAUGCUGGGUCUUAUAGGAAGGACAAAUUCAGCACCAAUUUUUCCUUGGCCAUUUCCAAAUCUGGGCAGAGUUACUGGAGAAGGAUUUUUGCUGGGGUGAGGGGCUGAUGUUGGUCCCUCAUCCCAAUAAACAUCUUCCUGCUGGAUAAAACGUGCUGGACCACGAGCAGCUCAGCAUCCUGGAGCAUCCCAUCCCCAUGGCCUUCCCUGCCUCUGUCUCCACUCAGGUCUUUCCCAAAUCCUCCUUCAUUUCUUUAUUAUUAUUAUUAUUAUUGUUAUUUUUUCCAACAUGAAAAGUUCAGCGCUGAAGUAUAUAUAUUAUUUGCAUGUGUAUUUUUCUAUAAAAACAAUUAAAAUCUAAUAAAAAAUAGCCAUAAACCCUCCUCAACCGGGACUGUGUGAAGGAUGGGGUGUGAGAGAGAGAGAGAUUGGAAUAAAUUAUCUUUAAAAUGA